AUGGAACGAAUUCUUCGGAAUUUUGAGUACCAAAAAGAGGUUAGAGAAGGGUCGCCUUCUUACACAAAUGAUGGUGUUCCACAAGUGGGCAUUGAAAAGGUUAAAGCCCUUGACCUUGUACUGCACAGGAGGCCAUCACUUAUUAGCCGUUUGCCUUGCUGUAGUAAUGCAGGGAAUGAGACAGCGCAAAAGUUGAGCUUGAGAAAGAAAAAUUCUGAUAAAUGCAUCAAUAUGAUUAGAACGCACAUGGACACUUCAACGAUUGAGCCAAUGAAAGAGAGCCAAACACUUUUUGUCUUAAUCCACAAGGAAAAGGACACUAGUUCCAUUGCAUCAGUAUAUGUAAUCAAGUUGCCCAG